AGAUAACGUCACUUCCUUUCCCUCGACGGACGUGAACACACUAACCAAGCAGCACACGUGAAAAAGCAGUCAAAACACACGAUUGACAAAAUGGAUAUUACGGAGGUUCCCUUGAGCCAGGAUAAAAAGGGUAAGAAAAAGAAAAUGAAGAAGCCGAAGAAGAAGAAAAGCGCAGGUCAGGAUAUGAGUGGAGAGAGCACCGGGGUGGAGAAGAAAGAGGACGAGGAGGUGAAGAUGGAGAAGAGCGAGGAAGCAGCUGCAUUUCCUCCUACAUUCAGUGUGUCCGAAAUCAAGAAUAAACAGAGACGACACCUCAUGUUCAUGAAGCUCAAACAGGAGAAAAGAAAGGUAAAUAGACACACACAUACUUGUUUUAGGCUGUGCUGUCAAUGGGAAUAAAGUUAAAAACUACAGGUUAAGCCAUGGCUUCUCCUGAUAUUUCUCAGUAAAUAUCUAACAUCUAACUUCUUAUUUUAGCAAAAGAUGCAGCUGAAGAAAAAGAAGAGGAAAGAAAGAGAGGCUUUAGGAGACAAGGUGAGUUUGUUUUGGUUAUAACACCAUCAGUGAAUAUAACUUUUUGUUAGAAUUUAACCACCAAACUACUACCAGCAUUAUGAUGGUAUUCAUUGUUUCUUCAUCUUUCUCUGUUGUAGGCACCACCAAAAGAAGUCCCAAAGACCAUAGAAAACCAGCGAGUGUAUGACGAGACAACAGUUGACCCGGAGGAUGAGGAGGUUUGGACCCAAUUUGGAUUCACCUCAGAAAAUGUCACAGCAUAAUUGUGUUUCUAGUUUUGCAUUCAUGUGUGUAUUAAUUCACCAUCUGUUUUUGAAGGUGGCAUUUGAUGAGGGAACGGAUGAGUUUUCUGCAUACUUUAAUGGGCUGACUAACCCCAAAGUGCUCAUCACCACAUCAGAUAGACCGAGAGGGGUGAGUGACUGCUGAAAGGAGUAAUACAUAUUUUAUUUAUUAUUUAAUGCUAAUAAACAUGUUCCUCAGGAAAUUGCUUUAUAUCUUUUGGAAUUGACAAUUACGUGACAGAAAAAAUCAGUCAUUUCGACCGAAGUCUUUGAUGAAUCUCUGUAUCUGUCUUUGUAGAGGACGGUGAGGUUCUGUGAGCAGCUGGCCACGGUGAUCCCAAAUGCCCAUGUGUACUAUAGAAGAGGUUUGGCUUUGAAGAGGGUCAUCCCACAGUGUAUUGCCAGGAACUUCACCUACCUCAUGGUCAUCAAUGAGGACCGUAAAGUGCCCAGUAUCCUUAAAAGCAGGAUCAGGGAAUGCUUAGUGUUUUUUGUAAUCUGAAAUGAGAAGUGUUUGGAUUUACAUGUACAUAUGAUUCUUUUUACUGCAUUUUGUUUCAACAUUUCACCUAUUUACUACACAAAUAGAGUGAGGGUUUUUUCCCCCAUUUUUUCAAAGUUAGCUCUCUUAACCAUUACUUUAAGAUGGUUUGGUUCUCUGUCAUCUACCUGAAGGGCCAACCGCACACUUCAAGGUCAGCAAUGUAAGAUUACGCAAAGAGUUAAAGGUAAGUCAAGCAGUCCCAACCGUAAAAUUGUCAUAAACCUCUGUUCUGAAUUUAACAGGAAAGGUUUAAUUACAGUAAUGAUGUAGAAAAUUCCGUAAACUGUCUGUUUUCAUUGUUUUUCUUCAAAGAGAGAUAAAAAAAAUCACAUGUAGCUCUGUUUUAGUCGUAGUAUUGACUAUUUUUUCAAUGGUCAUAAUUUAAGAGAUAUGUAUGUGAUUGGCUAUGCCAUGGUUUUGAUAUUUGACCAGGACUUCUACAUUUGUCUUGCACUCAAAGCGUGACAGAUAUAUUAAUUAAAAUCAUUAAGCAGCUUUCUUCUUUGGGUUUUCUUCAUACCUUCUGCAGAGACGGGGCAAAGAUCCAACUGAACACAACCCAGAAGUGAUCCUCAACAACUUCACCACACGUCUUGGCCACAGCAUCGGGCGUCUGUUUGCUGCUCUCUUUCCACAGGACCCACAGUUCAUCGGUCGACAGGUGGCAACUUUCCACAACCAGAGAGACUUCAUUUUUUUCAGAUUUCACAGGUGAGCAUGUUUGCUCGGGAUUUUGAUGGUCACCUCAUGUCUUGAGCUACAACACUUCUUUUCUCAGAACUUGUCAGGAACCUUUAUCUUAAUUCAUGAAGUCUGAUAAAGUUUGAUCUAUUCAGGUACAUCUUCAAGAAUGAAAAGAAAGUUGGUAUCCAGGAACUGGGGCCACGUUUCACCCUCAAACUUCGCUCUCUACAGAAAGGCACCUUUGACUCAAAGUUUGGGGAGUAUGAGUGGGUGCUCAAGGUGAGUGUUUCUACAAUCAAAACUCCUCUUACAGAUACUAGAAGAGCUGUGGAACUAAUUUUUAAGGGGUCUAUGACAGUGGUGAUAUGACUUUGCUAAACUGUGGUAUCCUUUUAAAUAUUACUGUAUUUAAUUUAAGUAAAGACUGCACUCACAUGGACCAUGGAUAAAAGAUGCAAAGUUCUUUUAAGAAAAACCACAUGAGCUAGAGUUUGGGGUUUUACAGGGACUUCAUAAGUGCACAUGCUUAUUCCAGUUGCAAAAAUGUCAAUUCUCAUUUCUCAGACAGAGUGGUGUUUUUGAAAAUGAAGACGAAAAUUGUCAAGAUUUUACCUUAAGUGUCGCAGUGUUUUGAAUCCACAGACUUUAUUGUUAACUACUGUGGGUUUGUGUCAAUUUACACCCCGAGUCAGCACUUUAUGAAUCAGUUUUGCUUUCUCAUACCGCGUGCAAAGAGCAUCAGUGUCAGCCAAAAUGUUUAUAGAUGGUGGUUGACCCCUGGCUGCCAGCAUCAUGUUAAAAAUGUGUGUUACGUAAACAAACUGAAGUCUUUACUCUUUUGUAUUUCCAGCGCCAUGAGAUGGAUGCUUGCAGGCGGAAGUUCCAGCUUUGAAAGCAACUUCAGACACAGUUUUUACAAUCAGACAAGGACAACUGUGUGUUACCCAAGACAGUUCUGCUGUUUGUGGCUCUGCACAUUCUGACUCUGCCAGGGAAACCCUAAUACAUUUUGGAACAACCAGCAGCAAAACUUCAGCAUAACUUGAGAUUGAACAUGGAUGACUCGACUUUACAGGUUCACACUGUGGCAGAUUCUGUCACCCUGAAAACAACUUUUACGAACUGCACCUGCAGUGCUUUUGGAGACUGAGAAGGCAGAGUGUGGCUGAUGUAUGCCUUUUGUUAUUCUGAUGACACCAUAUCAGAACAAAGAGGAGCUAUUCACAUGAAUCCCAAUAACUUAACUUUUCUAAUCUACAAGUAUAUAUAGAAGUUGUAUUGGGAGAUCAGAUUUGUCACAUACUUACAUAAUGUAGCCCAAAAUAAUGGGCACAGUUUAGUUUGCAUGUCGAUAUAUACAAGUAGCUGUCUGAACCUUAUCUCUGUGAAUUACAUAAGGAGUGGUUAAUUAAGUCCAUCAGCUGCCACUCAAAAAUAUUUGUAGAUGACAAAUUGAACCCUUCCUCACAGAUUUCUAAAUGUGUAUAUACUCAUUUUAAUAAAACAUGCAACUACAAGUUUUAAAA